UUAAAGAGAUCCGACAAGAAUUUGAGAGAUUAGAAUUUGAAUUUGAAGUUUUUAGCCAGAAGAGAAAGUUAGGAUUUUAUCUUUUAUAUUUAUUUAUAAAUAGGUCCCAUUAUUUUUAAUAUAUUAUUAUGAUUUUUUUUAAUUUUUAAAUAAUAAAAAGACGGGUCAUUUCUCAAAUUGAGAACUCAACGAGGCUUACCAGCCAAAAUUUCUCGGCGGAAAUAAGGAGAAUAGUGUUAUUACGUCAACAUGAGUUUUCCCUUUGCCCUUUUUGACAAAUUGGAAUCAUCUGCAUUAAGAAGGAUUGCUCUCUUGUAAGCUGUGUAUACGUUGUUCCUAAUGGCGGCCGUUUCAACUCACUCCACUGCAUUCAACACUCUCAAUAGAAGACCCUCCAUUUCUCUAAAUUCCUCUAUUCCCCAUCUCCAACUUGUUCGAUUUUCAACUUUCAAACCACAUUUUGCGCAUUUAAAUCCCCAAACAGUUGUAGUUUCUGCCAUCAGUGCUGAUGGACAACAUGCAGAAGAUCACUCUGUCACAACUUUCGACUCAUCCCCCAGACAAAAGGUGAGGCGCCAUACUAUUCAAGUGUUUGUUGGUGAUGAAAGUGGAAUGAUCAAUCGUAUUGCUGGAGUCUUUGCUCGAAGAGGAUAUAAUAUUGAAUCUCUUGCUGUUGGUCUAAACAAGGACAAGGCUCUUUUUACUAUAGUGGUUUCUGGAACUGAAAGGGUGUUACAGCAAGUCACGGAACAGUUACAAAAACUCGUAAAUGUGAUCAAGGUUGAAGAUUUAUCCAAGGAGCCACAAGUUGAACGUGAACUAAUGCUUAUAAAAAUCAGUGCAGAUCCAAAAUACCGCGCGGAGGUUAAGUGGUUGGUGGACGUUUUCAGGGCAAAAAUUGUGGAUAUCUCUGAUCAUUUACUGACUAUUGAGGUUACAGGAGAUCCAGGGAAGAUGGUGGCUGUUCAGAGAAACUUAAGUAAAUUUGGAAUUAGAGAAAUUGCUCGUACGGGGAAGAUUGCCUUGAGAAGGGAGAAGAUGGGGGAAUUUGCUCCUUUUUGGCGGUUUUCAGCAGCAUCAUACCCAGAUCUUGAAGUUGCGAUGUCCGUUAAUACUGUUUCGCGGACAACCAAAAAGACUCCUAAUGGAGAAUCUAUGUCCAUGGCUGAGGGAGAUGUUUAUCCAGUCGAGACAGAUGACAACUCUGAAAUCAAUCAAGUUCUUGAUGCUCACUGGGGUGUUCUCAAUGAUGAAGAUACAAGUGGGCUCCGCUCACACACUUUGUCAAUGCUUGUGAAUGACUCUCCUGGAGUUCUCAACAUAGUCACCGGAGUUUUUGCUCGACGUGGCUAUAACAUCCAAAGUUUAGCUGUUGGACAUGCUGAAGUUGAGGGGCUUUCUCGUAUUACAACAGUUGUUCCUGGUACAGAUGAGUCAGUUACUAAGUUGGUGCAGCAACUGUAUAAGUUGGUUGAUAUUCAUGAGGUUUGGUCAGAACUAGUAAAUGACAGAUGAAGGAAUCCGCUGAAGCUCGAAUCAACACGUGCAAGCACAACUACCAUAUCUAGAGGAGCUGAAAAUUUUGAGAAUGGAUUGCUGGGAAGGUGUGUGGUGGGCAGCUUCAGCUAAGAUCUGGAAGAGAAAUCAAUGCUAGCAGAUAUCUGAGAGUGGUCUUUUAGUACUUGGAAGAAUGCCUUUGGGAUUAACAUGUAUGAGAUGGGUGGCUGCCUUUGUCUAUUCGAGUUUCCAAAUAAAUAUAUGGUGGCACACAUCUUGCAGGGGAGUGGUGGUGGAAGCAAGUGAAGAUUCAUCUGGAAUGGUGGUCACCAACUGCCGGUUGCUGCUUAUCUAGUCAACGAAAAACUUCAACAUUUAUAAGAUCUAUGGGUAUCCCACUCCAUCUCUAGACGAAAAAAAAAUCUUCAAAGCCAGCGGAGGAUGGCUGGAAACAGAUGGGGCGACCUCAUUAAAAACCAUCUAAAAUGGAGAGAAUAAAGACCCAGGGAGAUGGAGAAGGAGCAAUCUAAUUGACGAACUGAUGAUUGAUGGAGAGAUCUGUGAAGACAAGGGAGAAAUAAAAAAUGAAAUCUUGAGAUUUUAUCAAGCACUGUACAGGGAGGACGGACAGUGAAGGCCCAAAGCGUGCUUUGAAAAUCUAAACAACCACUCAGGAAGAGAAAAACUAGCUAGAAAGAAACCUUGACGACGAAGGGGUAAACGCAGUCAUCAACUCUUGUGCCCCAGACAAGAGUCAAUGGCCUUCUAUCUAAGUGCAUGGGAUUUCAUCAAGGAUGAUGUUAUGGGAGUUCUCAGCCACUUUCAUUAGCAUUGCCACAUGGUCAAAUCCAACAAUGCCUCAUUCAUAGCUACAACAACAACAACAACAUACCCAGUGUAUUCCCACAUUGGGGGCCUCCUUCAUAGCUCUUAUACCAAAAAGAAAGGUUGCAUUGCACCUUAGAGACUUUCAGGCCCAUAAGUCUCAUAGGGAGUGUGUAUAAGAUCCUGGCCAAAAUAUUAGCUAAGAGGCUCAAAACAGUAAUCUGGAAACUAGUGUCAGGGGAGUAAAAUGCCUUCCUUAAGAAUAGGCAGAUCGUUGAUUCUUCUUUAAUUGCUAAUGAAAUGCUAGGUGGCAGACAAAAAUAAGGAGUUCCUAGGACUUUAUGCAAGCAGAUGUAGAAAGCUUUUGAUAAAGUUGGAACUACCUGCUAGAUAUGCUGAAGCAAAUUGGUUUAGGUGAGAGAUGAAUCAAAUGGAUCAAAUAUCGUCUCUCUACUGUAAAAUACUCCAUUCUGGCGAACAGAGAACCAACCGUUUUUUUCUCCCCUUAAAAAGGAAUUAGACAAAGGGAUCUUCUUUCCCUUCUCUUAUUCAUUUUAGCCAUAGAGGGGUUGAGCAAGAUGUUCGACAAAGCCAAAGCAAAUCAGAUUGAGAGCUUCAAGGUGGAAAAUGGCCCGCACUUCCAUCUCCAUCUCCAUCUUCCACUGUCAUGACCCAAAAACUAAGGGUCAUGAUAGCACUUGUUGCGUCAAGCCUUGACAAGUAAGCCUAUCACCCAAACUGAUAUGAAAAGGGAACAACAACACCAAAACCCAAGGUAAGGCUUCUAGAGCGAAGCCGAACCACACAUAUACAAUAAUAGCGGAAAAAUACAUGACAAAGAUACCAUAAAUCUCCCAAAAUCCGGUGUCACCGUGUAAGAACCAAGUAAAUACAUCUCGAAGUCAAAAUACACAAUUGAUAGUCCAAAAGGAACAUAAUCUGUUUCUGAAUACGAAAGCAAGACAUAAACUAAACAAGAUGAGGUAGCAGAUCAACUCUGAAAGCAUAGACCGACCGCUACCUCGAAAAAUACUCCAAACACCGCCCGAAUCAACUACCGUGCGGCGCUCUCGUACUAGGAUCUGCACCGAAAGUCCGUAGUAGGGAAGAAUACGAUCCACUUGUACUCAGUAGGUAUCAUAGGACUGAGCAAAGUAGAAAAUAAAGUAUAUAGAAUACACUCUUUUGGCACUUCACCUGCAAUCGGAAAAUGUCCCAACGGUAGCCCACACCGUCUCCACUGACAAUUCUACAAAUAUACACCUAUACCAAAUACAAGUAUGAGAAAUAAGCACAAAUAGAUAGAUAUCAAUUCAAGGACGAAAUACAACAUAGAAUGUGCACAAUGUAUAAGAAUGCCAUGAAGAUGAUGAUAAUGAUAAUGAUGAUGUGAUGCACGAAGUUGUCGCACAACCUCCGUAUACACCUACAGACCUGUGCUCCCGAGGUAGGACCCAUGGGGGGUUCGUCAACCGAUAUACAAUCCAAUAACCAAUACCAAUCUAAUAUCCAUAACUUCUCUUCGGCACAUACAUCGACAGAGGGUUUUUAUAGAUGUCACAUUUUCUGUCAGAAAAGCCAGUACGCCCCAGUGGUACCAAUGUUUCAUGAAUGUAUAUAAUAUGAGGAUGUAAUGCUCACAACUAACCAGAAUAAGAAUUACCAAAUCCAACAAAUAUACCAACCAUGUGAGUCACAAAUCCACUCAAUAAGCCAACCAUCCAUGAUCCUAUAUAGUCCAUAAACCAAUAAAGUAAGAUAUACAAUAAUAUGCCAUUUGAUACCACAUAAAUACCAACUUGGACAUCUUCCCACCAAGAAGAAGAACACCCAAUACAUAAAUACCAGGCGAAUAACAUCAUAUAAGACUUGACACGGUCACAUAUAGUAAAUAAUGUCUUAAAACCAUCAAAUAACAAUAACAUAGGCCCCCACACGGGCACAAAACAAUAAUAAAGCCAUUUUCAUGAUUAGUUUCCACAACCCAUAAUAUGCUUUUAUAUCAGUAUUAACUAUCUAGCCCAGUCUGAAGAAAGUUAAGCCAUAAUCUUUCUCGAAUGAAGAAAAUCGGGUUCGACAGCCUUCAACACGUAGCUUUCCCCUCACGAACAGACUCAGGAUCAACUAAAACAUACAAAUAUAAAAUCUAUGCAUCAAAAGUAAGCCAACGUCACCCAUAUUGCCCAUUUUGGAGUUGGGGUCAAGAUGGACCCUCAAAAUGGAUUUUCAAAAAGGAAGGAUAAAAUCAGAAUUUUAGUUCAAAAAUAUACUACCCAUGAUUAACGGAAUCCAUAAAAGAAAACCUAAGUAAAAACAGAUUGAAAUUGGGGUUUAAAUCGAAGAACUACUAGUUUAGGCCUUCCGGGCAAAAAUCUCCAAAUUUCACUUUUAAAAAUGAGUUUUAACAAGCUUUAAAUGACAAGAAUCUAAGAAAAUAAUUGAAAUAGUGAUUUGGUGCUUACCCAAGCUUGAAAAUGGAAGAAAUCGCCCGAAAACUCAAACCCAAAGCUCCAAGAGUCAAAGAUGGUGAAAAAUCGAGAAAAAAAGGGUAUUUAAACCACCCAGGCAUUGCUUAAGCAAGCGACCAAGUGUCGCUUUCACGAUACCCGUCUAGUUUGCCAAUGUUGCAUGAGUGACCCGGAUGCUGCUUAAGCGGCAAUCGUGUACGUGAUGGGGGGACUCGCUUACGCGAUACCACUUGCUGGCAGCCUGGUCGCUUAAGAGACCAGCUUGCUGCGAUCGCGAGCUCCGCUUAAGCGACCAAAAUGUCGCUUAAGCGGAUGCACUAGCUGAGUAGUGCAUCACCUGAAGACUUGGAAAAUUUCAAGGCUCCGCGGACCACUCGGGAUUCAUCCGAAAUUUCGAGAAUGCAAACGGACUAUGCUACCCUAUCAAAUUCGACACUCGAACUCAAUGGCGAUAUCAGAUUUUCGAAAAAACGUCAUUUUUACCAAAUUGACCUCUGAAAUUCAAUUUCACAACUUUCCGAAUCGAGGGUCCAAAUGAGAUACAAAAGUUGUAAAACAACACUAACCAUGUUACCAAUCUAAAAUCGACGUUGCGGAUUUGCUAGCGCAGUACGUUUUGCCAUCCGAUGCACAUAACAACAAAUGUUGACCGAAGUUAACUAUAAAGCCUUUUAACUACCAAAAACCACAAACUCGCACAAAUCACAUCGAAAUGCAUUUGGAACCGUGCCAAUCAUCCCCACACCCUACCCCAGAAAUACCACAAAGCAACCACAGGGAGGGGUAAAAUGAUCAAAUCAUAGAGAAAAGAAUAAUUCACAAAGCUCACCAAAAAUCAAGUCAUUACACCUGCUUAUAAUAUGCCGAUGAUACCCUAAUCUUUUGUAGGGAAGAAACUCUCCAAGUUCUAUAUCUCAAUCUAACUCUCAUGUUAUUUGAAGCUGUCUCUGCACUACGUAUUAACAUGAUGAGGAGCAAGAUCUACCCUGUGAAUGAAGUCGCAGAUUUGAAUACCCUGGCAGGAAUUUUGGGGUGUGACACAAGCUCUUUCCACUCUACUUAUUUAGGUCUCCCUUUGGUUGCAAAGUACAAAGCACCUGAGAUAUGGAAUUGAGUGGUGGAGAAGGUGGAGAGGAGACUGGCAAACUGGAACAUGCAAUAUCUAUCUGUGGGAGGAAGGCUGACCCUAAUCAAUAGUGUACUGGGACAUCAUACCUACCUACAUCAUGUCCCUCAUCCCAAUGCCAUCUGAGGUGAAAGAACAACUAGAUGGUCUAAGAAGGCAUUCCUAUGGGAAGGAAACAGUGAAGAGCAUAAAUUUCACCUUGUGAAAUGGGAUAAGGUCAUACUGCCAAAGGAACAGGGAGGUCAUGGUAUUAGGGACCUUAGCAAACACAACGAUAGCCUGUUUGAGGUGGUGGUGGAGGUACAACCAAGGAGACACAUGCCUAUGGAAGGAACUGGUGAAUGCAAAAUAUGACAACUUGGUAGAUUGGUGCACCCCAAAUAGAAUACAGCAACUCAUGGUGUCGGCCGUUGGAAUAUCAACAAUCUCCUGGAUGAUUUCUUCAAGGAAAUAUUCUCUAAGGUUGGAAAUGGCUCCAAGGUCAAGUUCUGGAAAGACAAGUGGAUGAUCAAUCAACCCCUCAAAGACUCUCACCACAGGAUAUUCCUUUUAACUAUAGGAACUCCUUUGUAGCUGAUAACACGGACGACAACACAUGAGAUAUCCAUCUAAGAAGAAAUUUGCAAGAUUGGGAAUUGGAGGAACUCACUGAUCUAUACAGGUUACUGACAGAUUACUCAAUGAAUCCUCAGCUACUUAAGUUGUGUGUGUGUGGAUGGGGUGGGGGCUCAAAGACUGGCAUCUUCACAGUGAAAACAUGCUUCAAUCACUUUAAUGUAACAGAUGGAGUGACAACACCUUGGCCUGAAAGCUGGUCCGGAAUACCAAACUCCCCACCUAAGUUAAAGGUUUCCUUUGGACAACCCUUCAUAAUGCCAUCUUAACCGAGGACAAUCUAAGAAAGUGAGGCAUUUCUGUGGUGAACAAGUAUUCUAUGUGCCAAAACAACUUAGUGACUAUAAACCACUUGCUAUUGCAUUGCCCUAUUGUUGCUGACCUUUGGACUAUGUUUUUGACAAUUUUUGGAAUUAGCUGGAGCUGGACAGCCCACCUCAACCUAAAACAAGCAGUUGAAAGUUGGAGUUCAUGGAAAGUGGACAAGACCAUCAAAAAAGAUCGGGUAGAUGAUCCCAGCUUGCAUAUGUUUGUGUUUAUUGACAGAAAGGAACAAAAGAUGUGUGGAAGAGACUUCAACUCCCAACUACUCUCUUAGAUCUAAGUGUUUGUUGAAUCUUUAUAGUUGGAGCAACCUUUCCCCUUUAAAUGAUAAUAUCCCCCUUCUAAAUUUUAUCAUUUCACCCUCUCAGUGGCUUAGCAGCCUUGAGCUUUUUGCUUUUGGUUCUUAACUCCCAGCUCUUAAUUGGUUUUUGCAGUGUUUGGAGUAAUGACUUUUGAUUUGUAAUCUUUCUUGCAUCUCCUUGAUGCUUUUUUGUUACAACAACUUAUUUUAUGCAAAAAAAAAAGGUAUUUACAAGAUGAUCUCUAAGAUCUUCAUUAAAAGACUUGAGAAAGUUAUACAUAAAUUGGUAUAUUCAUAGCAGAUGACAUUCAUAAAGGGAAGACAAGUUACAUAUGUUGUACUGAUGGCUGAUAGAUGCAUAGACUUUAGAUAGAAUGAAACACAAUCAAGCAUCAUGUGCAAGUUACACAUUGAGAAAACCUAUGUCCAUGUCAACUGAAAGUUUUUGUUGGGAAUAUUGCUUAAGAGGGGUUUGGAAGCAAAUGGAUGAAAUUUCUCAUAAGCACUGCAAAAUUGUAGGAAA